AUGGCAAGCACGUCGAAAGAUAUAAGGGGACAGACAACAAGUGCCAGCACAAACGUAGCAUCAGGUGAUGGGCGUCCUGCGUCGCAGUCUCGUCGCAAGCAAGAUCUUUCAACAAUCCGAGAAAAUAAUGAUGAAGUUAUGAUUGUACGCUAUUCAAAUGGUGAAGCAUCUCUUCCAAAGGAUCUCUCAGAAAUUCCUGUCUACCUUACUGAAACACAGCGUGAUCUUUUUUUCUCGUUCAUCCGUCCUGCUUCGCCUUCAAAUGAUGGCGCAUCAAAUACUCAUAAUUGCAUACAAUGUGGUGACAUUAUUGCGAGCAUAUCAGUUAGUCUUACUAAUAAAAAUUCUAGAAAAUUGUUUGGAGUUGUUCCUAUUUUAAUUCUUGAAAAGACACUUCUGGAAUACUCUCAAGUAAAAGACAAGCCUUAUACCAACAUAAACUAG